CUAUAGACUCGGUAUUCACUCAACUACUUUGAAGAGGAAUGCAGCACUCGUAGCCAGCCGUACUUGAAUCUCAAGGUGUUAAUCCCAUCAUCAUUAUUCCAGUCAGCACAUCAUGGCUGGAUUCAGGCAAGAGGAUGUCGAGCUGUAUUAUGAGAUGGGAGAGGAGCUGGGCAGUGGACAGUUUGCCAUCGUUCGUAAGUGCAAGGAGAAGAGCACAGGCGUGGAGUACGCAGCAAAGUUCAUCAAGAAGCGGCGGCUGUCAUCAAGCCGGCGGGGGGUGAGCAGAGAGGAGAUCGAACGUGAAGUCAACAUCCUGCGAGAGAUCCAACACAGCAACAUCAUCACCCUGCACGACAUCUUUGAAAACAAGACAGAUGUGAUCCUGAUCCUGGAGCUGGUGUCCGGAGGAGAGCUGUUUGACUUUCUGGCUGAAAAGGAAUCUCUGACGGAGGAGGAGGCCACACAGUUUCUCAAACAGAUCCUGGAUGGCGUUCAAUAUCUUCACUCCAAACGCAUCGCUCACUUUGAUCUCAAGCCUGAGAACAUCAUGCUGCUGGAUAAAAAUGUCCCUAACCCCAGAAUCAAGCUGAUUGACUUUGGGAUCGCUCAUCAGAUUAAAGCUGGAAAUGAGUUCAAGAACAUCUUUGGAACGCCAGAGUUUGUUGCGCCAGAAAUAGUCAACUAUGAGCCACUUGGACUGGAGGCAGACAUGUGGAGUAUCGGAGUGAUCACAUACAUCCUGUUGAGCGGAGCUUCACCUUUCCUUGGUGAGACCAAACAAGAGACCCUGACCAAUAUUUCUGCUGUCAACUAUGACUUCGAUGAGGAGUAUUUCAGCAACACUAGUGAGCUGGCUAAAGACUUUAUACGUCGUCUGCUGGUCAAGGAUCCUAAAAAGAGGAUGACUAUAGAUGACAGCCUUGAACACCCCUGGAUCAAGGUGAUUAAGAGGCGAAAUGUCCGCCAGGAGGAGCGAGACCACAAGACUGAGCGCCGCCGCCUGAAGACCACUCGUCUGAAGGAGUACACCAUCAAGUCCCACUCCAGCAUGCCGCCCAACAACACCUACGUCAACUUUGAGCGCUUCUCCCAAGUCCUGGAGGAGAUCACAGCAGCAGAGGAGGGCCUGAAGGAUCUGGAGCGCAAUCAGCGCUCAUGCAGGGAGGACGUGGCAGCACUCCUGUCUAUCUAUGAGGAGAAGGAGGGUUGGUACAAGGAGGAGAACCAGAGCAUCUCCAGCGACCUGAGCCACAUCCGCCAAGAGCUGCAGCGCACUCAGGCCCAGCGCAAGAAGAGCCAGGAGGAGACGCGGCUCACCAUGCAGGCCGCAAACAUCCUCAAGCGCAAGUUUGGGCGUCUGGAGAAUCGCUACGAGGUGCUGGCUGAGCAGGUGGCAUCUGAGGUCCGCUGGGUGGAGGAGCUGGUCAAGUCUAUAUCUGUGGACAAAGACGUGGGCUCUGGGAGCAUGCCCUGAGCAGAGCUGGAGGCCAACAAUGACUCAAUGAUCUUAAAGUAUCGUCCUGCCCACCUUCUCUGCUUAUGUGUCUCUGCAUGGUGGAGUUUGAGUGGGUUAGUCCUCAUCAUAAGCUCUGCUGCUGCUGCUACCUCCCAUCAGGAAAACACUCACCCUUUUUUUGUAAAACUUGAGAGAACCAGCAAGAAGCAGAGAGGUAAAAUGCUAAACCCAUUCCCUGUUGAAAAGGCUCAUUCCUGUGUUUUAUACAUUUAUUUAUAAUUUUAGAAGAUUUUAUGUACAGUUAUUUCCCUCUCUUGCCUCAGAUUACACCUUUAUUUGCAACUAUUUCAGCUCUUUUUUCAGUUGUCAGAAUUUAAGAUGGAAAUUACACUCAGUCAUUUUCUUUAUUCGUUUAUAACAUGAAUUUGUUUGAGAAAGCCAUACAUGUCUUCUCAUUUUCUCUUGCCUCAGGUUAUCAGCCAGCUUUGUGAUGAACCUUAACAAUAUGUAGAAAUGUUGUGAGGUUUACACAAAGUUCAGGGGGAGUUAUUUAUCUUUUUACAUUUCAUAUUCAGAUGCAGCUGAUAUUUUCCCUUACUUGAUACGUCAGGAAGUAUUUAGACUCUGAAGAAUUGAAUAAACCAUCAGCUCAAAAAGAAGAAAGAUUUAGGUGAAUGCUUCAUUUGACGGGUUUGGGAUUUCUUGACAGUUUCCAGGAAACAAUCAGAUAGUUUUAUAGGAGUUUUAUAUGCUGUUAUAGCUCUCCUACAUACAGAACAAAUUAAACUGAUCCUACCAGGAAACUUAAGAAGAAUUUAUUUGGGAUUUAAUCUGUAUCAACAGGCCCUUCAAAUAAAGCACGUUCACCAGAUUGAGAAUGUAUGAACUCAUCUCUUCAGUGCCUGUAAACUGAUCAACCUUAUUGCCUCUGCGACCGCUCAUCUGUCAUCGAGUUAAUGACAUUUCUAUCACAAUGAUAUCGCUAAAUGUCUUAAACGCAACUACUUUUGCACAGUAGCCUUGUAUACCAAAUAGUGUGCAUGGAAACCUUCUGUAUAAACUCUUCUAGUGUUUUCAUCUCGACCGUCCCUGCACACGUUAAAAACAUUCCAUCGAUACCUUUUACAUCCAGGCGACACAUUCCCCACGUUUAGCAUAGAAACUGUAUGAUAUAUUCAGUAGUAUUUUCUGUAGAGAGAUGUACUCGUUUGCACUUAAAUGAUUGUAGCAAUGUUCCAAAAUCUAUUUUAACCCGUCUCUAAUGUGUAACAGAGCUGUAAAAUGAAAUGAUGUCUGAACUAGUUUCAAAUAAACAGUCAUCAAUGUUAAACA